AAAACAUGACUCAACAAAUUAUUAACAAGUGUUUAGAACCGGCAAAUUUAACUCAGAGCAACAUUGAAAUUAUUAAGUCAGGGAUCCAAAGUACUGACAACAGAGGAACUCUAGGAAAUAACAUCUGAACGAACGAACUAGCAAACCUUGAUCCUGUCCAGAAAUUGUAAAGGAUUCGAGUGGGCGCCAUGGAGAGUGCGUCGGCUGCCAAGACGGGCGACUUCUUCUACGGCUGGGAUCUGCUCUACAAGACGGUCCAGUCGGAUGUGGACAAGAAGUCGGAUCUGCUGAUUGCCCUGGUCCACUUUCUGCUGACCAAGCACUACAACUUUCGCUGCGUGGGCAUUGGCGAUGAUAAAACCCUGCCGGAAGAGGAGGGCAGUGAACUGCUGCCGGAUAACUGGAACGAUGACGACACCAAGUACUCGCUGCGCUAUGUGCACGACAAGAUGCUCUACCUGCUGCUGGGCCACAUCACCGAGGACGCCCUGCUGAUCAACCUAAUGGACAUCAACACCAAGAAGGUGUCCAACAUCUGCGUGGAGCCGGAGACCCUGGUGGCCGCCGUCAAAGGAGGCAUUUCUACCUUGAUGCCAAGCGCCUCGGAGAUUGUCGAUCGCUAUCGCAAGGAGCUGCUGGAUCCAGUCUUCACGGGCAACUCGCGCGAGGUGACCACCCAGACGACCACCUCAACACGUCCCAGCGGAUCGGAUCCCCUGCGCAUUGGUGAACCCAGACGUGGCGGAUCCUUCAUCCCAGGUGGCUUCGAGCCGCGCCCUUUUGGCUUUCCGGACAUCGGACGCGGGGACCUGGAUCCGCUGGGACGCGGUGGUCCUGGCAACCUGUUUACCUUUCCAUCACACCCGAAUAUGGGACCCGGACCUUUGCCACGCUUCGAUCCCUUCGGCCCCAUCAAUCCGAAUAGGCCUGGUCAGGGUGGUGGACCCAACCCGGAUCACAUGCGACCCCCAAACUGGGACCCCGAUUACUACAUGUGAUUACCAGGAGUGCUCAUGACGCAACGCCCAAAAAUCUUUAGUUUGUAAUUAUAAACGGAGGAAACAUUGUUUUCGAUUCAGCAGAACGAAAUUGAGUUAAUUUUUUGAAAGAUAAUUUUAUUAAUUUUCAUACACAAUACAGAAUAUUUCGAUAUAAAAUAAAAAGCAGCCUGUCCGACCAUUUAGAAAUAAGCAGGCCUGUUCGAGUCUUCACCACACCAUCGAUUUUCUGCAGUUUGAAAUCGUUGAUCUCAGAGAUAAACAUGAUCUGUGAAAGUAAAUACCCGAACAGGCCUGUUGUUGGUUCGUCGGCUGGCCAAGAAAAAUUUACAAAAACUUAA